CUGCACUGCGUUACUGACGACGACGAAGUUCCGCAAGUACUUUAAUAAGAUUUGCGCCGUCCAUCAACGUUAGGUGGCUGUCCUGCCUGAGGAAUGUAGGAAAUUAGCCUCGCCCAAUUAAACAGACAGAACCGGCGUUUAAAUUAGCCGUUGAACGGUUCUGAAGAUGAGCUACCCAGGAUACCCUCCUCAGUCUGGUGGAUACCCACCACAGGCAGGGGGCUACCCACCUCAACCAGGUGCAUAUCCACCCCAAGCAGGCGGCUACCCUCCUCCUCAAGGCGGCUACCCUCCCGCACAGGGUGGCUACCCACCAGCAGCAGGCGGCUACCCUCCUGCAGCAGGAGGCUACCCCCCUCAGGCAGGUGGAUACCCACCCCCGGCCGGCGGUUACCCUCCCGCAGCAGGCGGUUACCCCCCAGCAGCAGGGGGCUACCCUCCCCAGGCCGGUGGUUACCCAUCUCCAGCUGGAGGCUUCCCUCCUCAGACAGGAGGAUACCAAGCGCAGUCUGGAGCAGGAGGUUAUCCCUCCAUGCCUCCAGCAGGUGGAGGCUGGGGUGCAGCACCAGGUGGAUCUGGAGUGCCAGGAGGACCUCAGCAGGGAUACCCAGGGGGUCCCGCCCCAGGCCAGCCAAUGCCAAAUUACCCUGGAGCCCCAGCGACUAACCCCUCAGUGCCUGGAUAUGGAAGUGGAGUUCCGUCCAACCCUCAGGCUCCUGCCAUUCCCAAAGGGUACAGGGGUUCUAUAAAAGACUUUCCAGGGGCUGAUCCACUGAGGGAUGUUGAAGUUCUUCGAAAAGCUAUGAAGGGUUUUGGGACUGAUGAGAAUGCCAUUAUUGAACUUCUGGGAAAUCGUACCAACAAGCAAAGGGUGCCAAUGGUUGCAGCCUAUAAAACAACUUAUGGGAAGGAUUUAAUUAAGGACCUGAAGUCUGAGCUCACUGGAAACUUUGAGAAUCUGGUUCUUGCUAUGAUGAUGAGCCCUGCACACUUUGAUGCAGCUCAACUCAGAGAGGCUAUAAAGGGGGCAGGAACUGAUGAAGCUUGUUUGAUUGAGAUUCUUUCAUCACGCUCAAAUGCAGAGAUUUGUGAAAUUAGCAGAAUCUACAAAGCUGAGUAUGGAAAGAGCCUGGAGGACGCCAUCAGCAGCGACACCUCCGGUCAUUUCCGCAGACUCUUGGUCUCUCUCUGCCAGGGAAAUCGUGACGAACGUGAGACUGUCGACAUCUCACUGGUCAAACAGGAUGCUCAAAAACUGUAUGCUGCUGGGGAAAAUAAAGUUGGAACUGAUGAGUCCCAGUUUAAUGCCAUCCUGUGUGCCCGCAGCAAGCCUCACCUGCGUGCAGUCUUCCAGGAGUACCAGCAGAUGUGUGGGCGAGACAUUGAGAAGAGUAUCUGCAGAGAAAUGUCUGGCAAUCUGGAGUCUGGCAUGGUGGCUGUGGUGAAAUGCAUCAAGAACACCCCUGCCUACUUUGCAGAAAGGCUGCACAAGGCCAUGCAGGGAGCAGGGACCAAGGACACAACACUCAUCCGUAUCAUGGUGUCCCGCUCCGAGGUCGACAUGCUGGACAUCCGACAGGCGUAUGUGAAGACUUAUGGAAAAUCACUGUACACCCACAUCUCAGGUGAUACUUCUGGGGAUUACAAGAAGCUGCUGUUGAAGCUGUGUGGAGGUAACGACUAAAAGGAAAGGAAGAUAACCCUCCAAAAGGACAAAAUAUGUGUCCACACUGAAACAUUGUUAUAAAACCAUAUAUCACCUCUGAUGCAUGCAGUUAUACUUAGUUUUCCUAUAAAAACAAUCAAUUAUUACUUUUGUAUUUUCUUCACUGACUGAUUUAUUUUCUUUGCUACUGUAUUGUAGUAGAUGAUUGCCCAAUAGUAAAUAUACAAGCAUAUUGAUAUGAAUACUUAACUACAUUGAGUUAAAACUACUAAACUUUUAACUAAAAUAUAACUACUCUAACUCUGUUAUAGUUAGUAGAGUUUUAUGUCACAAAAUUAGAAAAUUUAAAGAUGCAGAUGAUGAGUGUCAUGUUUAUUUAAUAUAUAAAGUACAUGUACAUGGAAGCAUUUAACCUAUUACUUUAUACAGGCUUAUUAACUGUGUUUCUGAGACACAUUGUCCCUCACAGCCAAUCAUUUCAACUGUGUACAAGUUAAUACAUGUGAAGUUGUGUCAAACUAUUCUUAUAUACAGAAUCAAUACCAUCAUUCAGCGCUCAUUUAAUUCACAGUUAUAUUGCAGGUAAAUUUUUGAAUGUAAGAAAUGAAGCUCAGCAAAAAGCAUUUCCUCUAUAUUAACUAAUCAGAGUUUUACUCCUGCUUGCGCGUCUAUGCAAAUCGACUUUUCACUUUAUUUCAGCUUUAAAAGGCUGAUAUAAAGUGAUAUAAAGACUUACACCUUGGUGUUGAAUUGUAAUCCUUUCCGAUCUUUGCUCAGCCUUUACAGACAUUGUUGCUUUUUUUUUUUGCUGUAAAGCCAAAGCCAAAGACUAUUGUGCCUAUUUUUCAGGGCUGCUGUGUAAGCUGCUGGGGAGCUAGUGGGUGUUUCACUAGGGUUUAUCUUGCAAUCAUUAAUCAUACUUGUAUGGCUGCAGAAACAUAAUUCUUGAUGGUUCUCAAUCUUUUGUUUACAUUUCCUUGUCCUCUGCUGGUUUGUAUGUUUUGCUGCCAGUAGGGGGCUCUUUGUUAACAUGAAGUGUCAUUUCUUAUGUGUGUGUGUGAUUGUUUUGCCUGCUGACUUAGAGUUUGGCUUUCAUCUGAAUAUCCUUUGCAGCACUAACUCCUCUUUGCGAUUGUUGUUGUCACGCAAUAAUGGCUGAAAUUCAAUGGAUGCCAUUUUAGUAUUCUAACAUUUUGCCAUUUAAUAGUCCCAGCCUCCUGAGACUUAAAGCCACUUCUCAUUUCAAUAAUAAUAAAAAAAAACCAUUUUGGAAUA